AUGUAUAUUUUAUUUUGCUUAUUACUUGAAGCUUUACUUACGAAUAGCUUAAUUAAAGAAUUUUAAGCAAUUCAGAAUUAUUUGCUUAUUGAAAUAUUCAGUGAUGAUUGGCUUAAUAUGAAAAUUGAAGUUGCAGAAAACUAAGUUAUAAUGAGUGAAAUAGCAUAAGAUAGCACUCAAUAUUUAUAAUUGUACUACAAACUAAAAAUUGGAUAAUAAUAUAAAUUGGAUAUUUUUACUUUACCAGAUAGCAAUGUUACAAUUAAUGAAGUGCCUUUUAGAACUUGCCCCAAUAAUUGUUCGAAUUAUGGAGAUUGCUAAAACUUGGAAUGCCGUUGUUAAAUUAUGACUGCAGGGUAUUAUUAAUUAAUAAACAUUAAGAGAAAGAUGUUAAUUUUAAGUUGUUUAACUUUAUAAUAAAACUCAAUAUUCCGAAAGCCUAAAAUCUCAUUAAACAAUAAUAAUUGCGGCUUUUUAUUUGCAAGCUCAACUAUUAGAUGAUUAGGAGUACUAAUUUAUAAAAUUUUGAGUUAGACAAGAAAUCUCCAAAUUCAGUCAUCCUCCUCUAUAGAUUCAAAAAUUUAUUUACUUUAACCUUUUGAAUAUCCUUCAUAAAAAUUAAUUUAAGAAAAACUAAUUUAUGAUGGAUAGUUGUUAUCUAUUCCUGUUGAGUUAGAUUAUUCUAGUAAAUUUGAAAAAUAUCAUAUAAAAGCCAGCUACUAUUCUUUUAUUUUAGUAUUAAAAAAUACAAAUUCUUAAACAUAAGAUAUGGUUCUGAAAUAUUAACUACUUGAUAAUGAUUAAAAAUUUUAAGAUUUUAUUUUAGUUGCAAUAUUGAGUGUAAUUUCAUUCAUAAUUCUUUUAAUAAUAAUCUAUAUUGUUAGAAGAAGAUGUUAAUAUUUAUAAUCAACUUAAAUAAAAGAAAAUUAAGAAGAUUAAUCAGAAAAUAUUGUUAUUUAAUUAAUGCCUAUAGUGAAUCCAGUGAAAGAUUAAGAUUGUGUAAUAUGUUUAGAUCCAUUAGAUAAUAGAUUAUGUAGACAAACUCCUUGCAAACAUGUCAUGCAUGAUAAUUGUUUAAAAUAAUGGAUAUAAAAAUAAUUGACGUGUCCAAUGUGCAGAGAAACAUUAAAUGAUUUAGAAUAUGUACCUAGGACAUUCAAAUCAAGAAAUCAAACAUCAAAUACUUUUAUUCUCAGUCAUUAAGGUUAGCCAAUUGUAUAAAGUGAUAGAAAUUCAGUUCGUUCUAUGAUAAUUACUAGAAACAGAUCAAGUAGAUUGGCUGUUUUUUAAUGA